ACAGCAGUACCUCUCUUGCCUGUGCCGUUUCGUUAGUUAUCUUUCCAGCAACGCACAGUACAUAGGCCUGUGCUGCUCUAUAUGUACUGUACACUGUAUACAUCUACCUCGCAUGUGGUGAUGGUGAUAACCUAUUUUGUAUAUAUAUAUAUAUUAUUUGUGAUAAAAUCAUGACUUUAGUCUCGAGUUUUAAAUUUUGAUGGCUGAUUUUGACAUACAUUUGUAGUAGCAGUUGAUCGUUGAUACUGUAAUAUACAUAUGUAUAUAUAACUGAGUAGUAGCACACAUUAUUGUCGAGAUCACAGUUCAUUCAUUGUGACAUGCAGUUAUGUCUCGAGUAAUACUUAUUGCAUCAAAUAAUCAACAGAAAUUUCAAUGGAUGUUUCAAAGAGCUUAUUCACAAGAAAAGUUUCGAAGAAUUACAACUCACUACACUAUUAUACCCAGAGAAUCAGAUCCAAGAUGGAAAGGUGUAAAUAUGGAAAGAUAUGUAGAUGAAACAGAUAUUUUAAUUGUGGGAGGUGGACCAGCUGGAUUAUCUGCUGCAAUUCAAGCACGUAAAUUGGCAGGAAAGCAUGGAAGAGAAUUAAAAGUUACACUUGUUGAAAAGGCUUCUACUAUUGGUGGCCAUAUUCUCAGCGGAGCUUGUAUAGAUCCAAUAGCAUUAAAUGAAUUAUUUCCAAAUUGGAAGGAAUUAAGAGCACCUCUAAAUACCCCUGUUACAGAAGAUAAAUUCGCAUUUCUCACUGAGAAAGGCAGAUUACCAAUACCUAUCUUAAAAGGAAUGCCAAUGUACAAUCAUGGAAACUACAUUGUUAGAUUAGGUCAUGUUGUAGCCUGGCUUGGUGAGCAAGCCGAAGCUGCAGGUGUAGAAUUAUAUCCUGGAUAUGCAGCUGCAGAAGUUCUUUAUCAUGAAGAUGGAUCCGUUAAGGGAAUUGCUACAAAUGAUGUUGGUAUUAAUAAAGAUGGUUCACCAAAGGAUAUUUUUGAACGUGGAAUGGAAUUGCAUGCAAAAUGUACAAUUUUUGCAGAGGGUUGUCAUGGUCAUCUUACAAAACAGAUUUCAAAGAAAUUAAAUCUUAGGAAAGAUUGUGAACCACAGACCUAUGGUAUAGGAUUAAAAGAAAUUUGGGAAAUUGAUCCAAAAAAACAUAUGCCUGGCACUGUUGAACACACUGUUGGUUGGCCAUUGAAAAAAGACACUUACGGUGGUUCGUUCUUAUAUCAUCUUAGUGAAGAUACACCUCUGGUUACUAUUGGUUUUGUUGUUGGUUUGGAUUAUUCUAAUCCUUAUUUACAUCCAUUUAAGGAAUUUCAAAGAUUUAAGCAACACCCAAGCAUUAGACCAGUACUUGAAGGUGGGAAGAGAAUUGCGUAUGGUGCAAGAGCCUUAGUAGAAGGAGGUUUUCAAUCUAUUCCUAAACUUCAAUUCCCUGGUGGUUGUCUUAUUGGUUGUACAGCAGGAUUUCUUAAUGUACCUAAAAUUAAAGGAACACAUAAUGCUAUGAAGAGUGGAAUGCUAGCAGCAGAAAGUGCAAUUGAAGCUAUAAUUAGUGCAGAAAAUAAUCCUUCGCCAACAAAAGGUUUAGAACCGAAAUCUUAUACUGAUAAAAUACGAAACAGUUGGAUUUAUAAAGAGCUGAAAGCUAUAAGGAAUAUAAGACCCAGUUUUCAUACUCGAUUUGGUAUUUACGGGGGUCUGCUAUAUUCUGCAUUUUCAAUGUUGAUUGGAGGAAGAGAGCCAUGGACUUUGUCUCAUGGAGGUCCGGAUUAUAAAAGUUUGAAAUCAGCAUCGGAAUGUACACCGAUAGAAUAUCCACAGCCGGAUAAUGAAAUAUCUUUUGAUUUACUAUCUUCGGUGGCACUUACUGGUACAAAUCAUGAAGCCGAUCAGCCACCACAUCUUACUUUGCUUGAUGAUACUGUACCAGUAAAAAGAAAUUUAACGAUAUUUGCCGGGCCAGAAGGUCGAUUUUGUCCUGCUGGUGUUUAUGAAUUUGUACCAUUGGAAUCUGGAGAAGGAGAAAGGUUGCAAAUUAAUGCUCAGAACUGCAUUCACUGUAAAACCUGCGAUAUUAAGGACCCGAGUCAGAACAUUAACUGGGUUGUACCAGAAGGUGGAGGUGGCCCAGCUUAUAAUGGAAUGUAGAAAAAUCGUAUUUUUAUAUAUAAAUAAUGAUUUGUUAAAAUACGCUGUGACAUAAUACAGACAGAUAAUAUUUUUGUACAUAUA